AUGGUUAACUCCUCGAGAGAAGGCACCAAGCCUCAAAUCAACCGCCAAACAACGACACCCUUCCAUUUGAAGCUCUUCUAUCGCGUCAAUUCCUUCCACCCUAUCUCCGACUACAGCAUCCCGGCCCCUUCGCGCCGCAGCGGCCCCUUCAGCGGCCCAAAUGCCAUUCGCGCGUCCUCCCCUCCGCCAGCUGCUGCACCACUUCCUCCACACCUUGAGAUUUACACAUGGCAGUCAUGCACGCUACGCGAACUCUCACAGCUUCUCACCUCCGCCCUCCCUUCAUUACUCCCUGACCCACCCGUCGGCACCCGCCUCUGCUUCCGGCUGAUCUACCCCGACGCGCGAAGUGCAGCUAUGAUGGGCCCCGAUGCGCGCGGCCGAUACUUGAGCAGAGAUCUGGGCAGUGUUAUUGUUGGACCGAGAGAUAGUCCAUACCGCGGGGAAGAAGAUGUGGAUGACCGCGCAGAGACACGGCCUCGUGCUGGACCCAUGCGCUUCCAAGGCUCCGAUGCAGACAAGGCCUUGCUAGAUGCCCGCUUUAUUAUUGGAGACUACAUUGAAUGUGCCAUAUUGCCGCCUCUCGAGGAUGGCUCCGUUGCGCCAGUGCUCCGCAGCGCUCCAGGUCCACCACCUCCGGUGGGAGGUGGCAUGCGCGCAUUCCGAGACAAUGGGUAUGGAGGACGCGGUGGUGGCCGUGGUCCCCGUGGAGGUGAUCGUGGCGGACCUCCUGUUCUCCCUGUAGGAGACUGGAAACGAGGGGAGCGACUACCAGAGGGAGCCCCUCGAGGUGGAGGUCGCCGAGGUUGGGGCCCAUACUAA